GCGUCUCCACGAUCAGGCGGCCAGGGGCUCCCGCCGCUUCCCAAACGUCGCAUCCAGCCGCGCGUACGGCGUACGGUAUUGCUCUCCUUUUCUGCAUCCAUCGCGACGUUCCUUCUGGCUCCUCCGUUCCCGCUUCGGCUGUCCCAAAUUUUGCGUACCACCGCGUGCGCUUUCCCGAAAUACUCCCAUCCGCUCUGCAAUACAAAACGCGAGGGCGCGGCACAGCCAGGCAGCAGCACGGCACAAGCCCGCACAACUGCACCGCUGUCCGCACAGCGCAAAGGGCCUCUGCCUCCUCCUCGUCCUCGUCCUUGACCACUCGCUCUACGGGCACUCUGCUCCUCGCUCCCCAAACACGCGCACCAGCUACCACCCACCGGCCGGGCCAAAGAACGCAGAGCGCGGAGGAGAGGGUCAGGGAGGGAGAGGCGGCCUGGAAAGGCUCAGGCUUUCGCUUUCUGGGGCUGGGUCGCCUGGGCGGGAGUGGGAUAGAGACAUGGCUCCGAGCUGCUACGACGUGGCCGCGUCCAUGCUCCUCUGCGCCGAGGACAACAGCAGCAUCCUGUGCUUGGAGGAGGUAGAGGAGGCGGUGGAGGUGGCGGGGAGCAAGAGAGGCUGGUCGCCGGACGGGGACGAUUUCGGCGUGGAUUUUUUCCCGCCGCAGUCGGAGGAAUGCGUGGCCGAUCUGGUGGAGAGGGAGCGGGAGCACAUGCCGAGGGCGGACUACGGCGAGAGGCUGCGCGGCGGCGGCGGAGUUCUCUGCGUCCGUCGGGAGGCUAUCGAUUGGAUUUGGAAGGUUUACACAUACUACAACUUUGGUCCUCUUACUGCCUACUUGGCUGUGAACUACCUGGAUCGUUUCCUCUCACGGUACGAGCUGCCGGAAGGCAAGGAUUGGAUGACACAAUUGCUCUCAGUGGCGUGUCUUUCCCUUGCCGCCAAGAUGGAGGAAACUGCUGUUCCACAAUCUCUGGACCUUCAGGUCGGCGACGCACGGUACGUGUUUGAGGCGAAGACGAUCCAGAGAAUGGAGCUUCUUGUUCUAAGCACCCUCAAUUGGAGAAUGCAGGCUGUGACCCCUUUCUCCUACUUGGACUACUUCCUAAAGAAGCUCAACGGCGGCAAUGCGGCGCCGAGAAGCUGGCUCUUUCAAUCGGCAGAGCUUAUCUUGUGUGUAGCCAGAGGAACUGGCUGCAUAGAGUUUAGACCCUCUGAGAUCGCCGCCGCCGCCGCAGACGCCGUGGUUGGAGAAGCGGACGUCGCAGACAUUGAAAAGGCCUGCUCCCAUGUAGACAAGGAGAGGGUGUUGCGAUGCCAGGAAGCGAUGCAGUGCAUGGCCUCCUCCAUCAACACUAUGCCACCUAAAUCUGCAAGCGGCAGGGCCUCUUCCUCUGUGCCGCAGAGCCCUGUAGGGGUGCUGGACGCUGGGCGCUGCCUGAGCUACAAGAGCGACGACGAUGCAGCAGCAACUGUUGUUUCACAUGGAACCUGUGGCUCUGCUAGCUCCUCUGUCACCAGCAAGAGGAGAAAGAUUAGCAGAUGAUCGACUGUGACCAGUCAAAGUGCCCAAGUAUAAGAGUGAAUAGACUAGUCUGCUUUACUACACCACUCAUCUUCAAGGAAAAGUCAAAUGGCUUCGAUUGCAACGUCGAGAGGCAAAAGAGGGGAUCCGAAAAGGACGGAAUUUCGACAUGAGUAGAGAGCAAGAAGUUGAUGAAUAAUGAUGCGAGGUGGACAACACCUAAAUUGCUGAGCUUUUUGCAUGGAGGGUAGUCAGCCAGCACAACCUUGGUGUGCCACCAAGAGCAGCACCAAAGCUUUGUAGCAACACAGAGCGAGAGGAGAUCGAUGAGACGAUCAGAAUAAAGGGAGGUGAGGGGGGACCGUAGCCAAGGUGUACAAGGACUAGGCACUGACCUGCCUUUGUAGCUGUAGAGUAUCCGCUUAAACUGUGCAAGUUUCUAUUCUUUUUUUUUUUUUUUCAUCUGUGAAAGAGAAAUGUAGGAGCGGAGAAGAGCAAUGCAUUUUGUGACAAAAAAGGGUGAUCUAAAUGAAUAAAAUAACAGGAUAACAUGAGAAAGGGAAGUGAACAAAAUCCCUAUGAAGAGGAACUGGGUGUUCUUCAAUAAUACUGGUAGUAA